UGAUUUUCGAAUCCGGCGCUAGUCUUUUAGCGACGUGAACGUGUUUUAGAAGGGAAAGCGGAGCCGCUCUUUGUUGCGACGCACGGCCCUGGGCUUAAAGUAUUGCGUUCAUUUAUUACUGUGUUCAAAGACCUUUGACACAAGAUAUGCGUGAAGAUUCAUACUUCGCGCGAUUGUUGUGUGUGUGUGUGUGUGUGUGUGUGUGUGUGUGUGUGUGUGUGUGUGUGUGUGUGUGUGUGUGACCCAAAGAAAUAUUAGCAUUGGUUCUGAUACCAUAUUCAUGCACCAUAUCGUAUUUAGGCUACAUGGUUCAUGGUUGCUAGCGCCCUAAAAAAGUAUCGGUCUUUUCUGAUAGGUUAAAUACAGGAGGAGGAGGGGAAAACAGUGUUAAAUAUAAAUUUGUGAAAACAUACUACAGGACAUUUAGCAUACUUUAUUCAUGCAAUUAGCUGAACUUUAGAGAGCUUCUUGCUAACUUAAGUACAUUUACACUACACUAAAAUAUACUUCAGUGCCAUUUCUGUUGAAAUCGCAUCAAUAUAUCUAUAAUUCCACGUAUUUUUAAUGAUGUUUAAUAUCAUUUAUAUCAUUUAAAAUAUAUUAACUUAUGUGUUUUAGUAUGUCAACAUCAGCACACAUAGUGUACUUCUUUCAAGCACUAUGAAAGUUAAUUAAAAUGUCAUUUGAACACAAAAAAAGAAGAAUUGGUUGGUUAUCGAACUGUUUCUGGUCCCCGCUGACUUCACUAGUAUUUUGUAUUAUUAUUAUUUAUUUACUUGCAAGUCAUUGGGGACCAUAAAAAUAUUUGUUUACCACAAUUCUUCAAAAUAUCUUCUUUUAUGCUAAAAGACAAAAAAAACCUCACAGGUUUAGAACAACUUAUAUUAUAAAAUAUGUCUUUUUUAUUAUUAUUAUUAAUUUUGGAUGAACUACAUAUUAAUGAAUUAGCAUUAUAUCGUCUGCAAAGAUAUUAUAAGAUUUGAAGUACACGGUUAAAGACACUUUCACAAGAGCGUGCAUAGUUUGAAGUGCAUAUAGUAAACAGGCCUAUCGUCUUUUAUAAGUGGAGGAGAAAAUAUUUUCCUUUUGUUUCGAUGAGUAGAAGCCACACGUGCCAUGCAUUUAUCGUGAAAAACCACGAACAAGACUAUUCGAAGUAAAAAAAACGAAUAUAUUAAAUAUGGGCUUGGUGUUGAUGCCCAUCUAGGUUCUAAAGCAAAGUGUUAUUGUAAACUGUGUCAACUUUUUCCUUGUUAGAUUCAAGUUCGCUGAGAGAGCAUCAUGUCUGCACCAUCGUCUGUUCUCGCCCUGCAUUCGAAAACACACAAGGACACGAUCCUGCACGAGUUCGCCAAGCUCAGAAGAAGGGAGCUGCUCUGUGACAUAACCCUCAUCGUAGAAGAUGCGCACUUCAAGGCGCACAAGGCUCUUUUAGCAGCAAGCAGCGAGUAUUUCUCCUUAAUGUUCACCGCCGAAGAUCAAAUCAGCAAGUCGGUGUAUCAACUGGAUGGCAUGUCUGCGAAAGCCUUCUCGGCCGUGCUCGAGUUUAUCUACAGCGCAAAUGUGUCCGUGGACGAGGGCAGCUUCGAGCAGCUGCUGGACAUGGCGCGGAUCCUGGACGUCCGAGACCUGCUCAAAGCCCACGAGGACCUUCAAAAGGACAGCUCAGCGGCCGAAAACGCCAUGUCCGCCGAGGGAGACGGUGCCACGCAGACAAAGCGUAAAAGAGGGCGGCCCAAAAAGAGCAUUCACACCCAGGAGUUGAGUCGGAAAGAGAAUCCAGAAAGCGGUUUAACGGGAAAAACUACCCCUGAGCCCGCAGAACCCCUCUCGGAUGCCCCUUCCGCGGGAGACGCCGACUAUAACCCCCGAGAGGACAGGCCCCGUCACAGCAAGCGCAAAAUAAAGCAGCCCGUCAAGCUGAAGGGGUACAGGUUAGGAGACGAGCUCUCGGAGCGCAAGGAGCCGGGGAAGAGGGGACGUAAGAGGAAGUACCCGGACACAGAGGCCCGGUGCGAGCAGUGUGGGAAGGUGUUUAAAAAUCACCUGUUUCUGAAGAUACAUCAGCGCACUCAUACAGGUGAAAAACCGUUCAGAUGCAGUGUCUGUGGCAAGGGUUUUACCCAGAAACACACUCUUUUGGUUCAUCAGCGCAUGCAUACGGGAGAAAAGCCCUUCAUCUGCACUAUAUGCUCCAAAGCGCUGUCCACGAAACAUUCUCUGCUGGAGCACAUGAACCUGCACACAGAGAAAAAGUCAUUCGGUUGUGAACAGUGUGGCAAAAGCUUCAGUCAGAAGCGGCAGCUGAAAAGCCAUCACCGCAUUCACACAGGAAAAGCGCUGCCCGAGUGCGCGCACUGCCAUCAUAAGUUCAUGGAUGCAGCUCAGCUGAAGAAGCACCUGAGAACUCAUACCGGAGAGAAGCCGUUCACGUGUGAGAUCUGCGGGAAGUGCUUCACAGCCAAGAGCACACUGCAGACGCAGAUCAGGAUACACAGAGGAGAAAAGCCGUACAACUGCAACAUCUGCGAUAAGACCUUCUCCGACCCCAGUGCCAGGAGGCGUCACGUGGCGUCUCACACGGGGAAAAAGCCGUUCAUGUGUUCCAUCUGCAGCUUGUCGUUUGCCCGAAUGGACAACCUUAAAGCUCACACCAAGACUCACAACAAGGAGCGCCAACAAGGAGAAGCCGAGACCACGGGGCCUGCGCCGGUGGAGGCCGCUUCAGGGCCUGAUGAGAUGCACAGCAUCCUCCAGCUCCAGCCGUACCAGCUUCCCGCCCAACCCGAGCAGGAGAUCCAGCUGGUGGUGACCGGCGAGGUGGACGACAUCAACCUGGGCCAGGAUCAAAGCAUCAGCAUCAUCGCGGCAGAAGAUGCUUCCGUGGAGCAGGGCCUCACGCUUCUCACCCAGCCUUCCGGUCACGUCCAAAACCUGGCGCUGGUCACGCCUGACGGGUUAGACGCCGGCGCUCAAAUCCAAACCAUCAGCGUUUUAGGAAGCCAGGUGAGCGGCGAACAGCCCGAGCAAAUGCACGUCAUCACGCUGACCAAAGAAGCCAUGGAGCAGCUGCGGGUUCAUCACGGAGGUUCUCAGCAGCUGCAGGUGAUCCACCAGCUGUCCGAGAGCGCUGCUGAAAAUCCCAGACGGACGGGGCCCGCGGGAGGCAUUCACAUCAGCAGCCAGAGCGGCCAGCCUAUCUCCAUCAGCCAGACCAGCGAGCAGAUCCCCAGCGAUCAGAUCCAGGGCCAGACCUUCCAGAUCCAGGCUGGGACGGUCUCGUACCUCUACACCACCAGCAUGAACCCGCAGAACUGAACAUCCAUAAUGCUGACGCUUGGUCUCUUUUGUUGUGUAAAUAGUUGUGUUUUAAUGUUAAAGCUGAUUUCGUUGAGAAGGAAUCUGAUAUAUGAUUACACUGUGACUUUUUCAUAAAGCAGAGCCAUACCUAAUGUUUGUUAUUAAAGAGUUGCUGUUUGUAAAAAAGAACAAUGGUUAUGCUUAUUCUCCUUUUGUUGUAAAUGGUUAUAUUUUUGUACUUGUUAAGGAGACAAAAGACAAUAAAUGGUUCGUGUA